AUGGCCCGUGAGUGUGCAGACGGGGACUACGGCUGCCCUCAGCAGAGGGGUGGUCGGUUGGCUCCAGGUGGAACCGGCGCCUUGCCCUCAGCUGCGAGUUUGCAUGGUGGAAAUCAGCGAGAACUUGCCUGCCAGAAAAAUAUGAAGAAAACCCAGGAAAUUAGCCAGGGAAAAAGAAAAGAGGAUAGCUUGCCUACCUCUCAAAGAAAGCAGAGGGACUCUGAGAUCAUGCAACAAAAGCAGAAGGCAGCUAAUGAGAAGAAGUCUAUGCAGACAAGAGAGAAAUGACAAAUGGCCUUUUGGAAGACCUGGGUGCUACAGCCAACUGGGUGCAUCAUAAGCUCUAAGACCAAGAUUUCUU